ACUAUAAUAUUUAUUAAGCCGAUUCACGUGUUGUUAAAUAUCACAAAGCUGCAGCAAAUUGCAAAUAAUAUUCGUUUUUAAUUAGAUAAUAAUAAAUGUUACACGUCACUUCAUACAAUUAAAACUUUACUCUGUUUACACGCAGCUUCCACAGCUGGCAACAAGCAAAAACUGAUUUUGAUAAUGCCAUUCAGUUGCAAACAUUGCAGCCAUCACAACUCCCUCUCCCUCUCCCUCUCCCUCUUCCUCUGCAAAAGCGCCACCUAGGGCCCAAUUGCUAAAAUCGCUUAGGUGUACGCCAGCCCGGAUUAUUAUUUAGGUACAACAUUACCAAAUAUUUCCCGUAUCUAAAUGGGAACCUUAACCUGAGGAGGUUUCAUUAGGCACAUGUUUUCUUUAAGUGUACCUGGACCUGUAUCUGUACCUGAACAUAACUGUUGGAAGAACCAUCUUCAACAACACUAAGAGAAUAACAAUAAAUUGGUGCUUGCCACACACCCUUAAAACAGUAUUCCGCGUGAAGCCAAACGAGUAAGACAUGUAUCCGAUUUGCCGCGUUUGCAUGACCAGCUCUGGUGUCUUGGUAGACAUAUUCACCAAAGAGAAAGAAACAUUUCCCAGCCUUGAGUUCAUGAUUAAUGAGUGCGUUGAAGUAAAAGUUACACGCAAUGAUAAUUUCCCGAAACACAUUUGCAAAAUCUGUUUAUGUGAUGUUCACGCCGCAUUUAGAUUCAAGCGAAACUAUGAGCUGACUCUUAAGCAAUUCAAUAAGAAACUGGAUAUAAAAGAGAGCAAAAGAGAAGACUUAUUAGAACUCUCUGAUCAGGAGAACAAUACUGAAGAUGUGAUAACGAGCAAGCCCAAAACAACAACCACAAUCAAAAGGAAAAAAGCAGUUGCUUUUAAAACACGACGCAAAGUCUUAAUCACAGCGAAGAAAAAGAAGAAGCCAAAGAAGAAAGAGAGCGAGUGCGCGAACGAAGAGAACCUGACUGAAGAGUGCAAACACGAAGAGAGCCAGAACGAGGCGUCACCAGAUUUGGAAGAGACAUCUGAUAAGAGCGAAAUUACGAAGAGUGAGCCAGAAAAUGAGCCGAGUGAUCUGUCACACAGCGAGAGUCCAUCUGUUGACGAAGAUCAACCGAAAGCAAAGAGAAAAAGGUUAAUUUUAAAACCAAAGAAGCUUUAUGUUUGCAAUAUUUGCGACAAGGUUCUCAAAAGCAAUUCACACUUGACAAUGCAUGCACUUGUUCAUACUGGCGAACGUCCCUUUAAAUGUGAAUGUUGUCUCAAAAACUUUAGAUAUAAGUGGAAUCUUAAAAGACAUGUAGAUAAGAAUAUAGAUUGUCAAGACCCAAAUAACAAGAAAAAAGUCAAGAAAUCCUAAUACAGAGAAAUUGGUCUUGAACACGAAGAUCCACUAAAAGAUCAGAUACAAGUAACAAUAAAAUGUAACUCUAUUUAAGAAAAUGAUGUUAUUUAAAUAAAGAAACUAAGCAAAA